UGGAUGCCUGCCUGAGUGCUGAGCUGUGAGGGAGGCUCACAAGUUUCCCAGGACGGUGGGCCUCAGCCCAACCCCCGCCUCAGGCUUGCCCUGGUCUCUUCCUAGAAUCUGGCUGGAGGCUGGGGGGAGUUGCCAAGGUAUUGAGGGUCCCUCACCCUGUUGGCUCUCCGUGAGAAGCAGGAACCUUGCCAGAGAGUGGGGUGCUCCCUAAGACUCCAGUGGGACUCUGGGACAAAGGAGCUGAUGGAGGAGGUGGAUUCUUAACCGCUGCACCACCAGGGAAGUCCCCAGAGCUUGAUUCUUGAUGAGCACCCAGGAAGCAUGGAGUUGCUGCUCUCCAAUCCAAGUUUCUCACCCUGCGAGAAAUUCAUCGUGGAGUGGCCCUCAGCAGACCCGUGCAGCAGCAAGCAGGGAUUUCCCUGGUGGAGUAGUGGUUAAGAAUCUGCCUGCCAGUGCAGGGGACACAGGUUCGAUUCCUGGUUCGGGAAGAUCCCACAUGCUGCGGAGCAACUAAGCCUGUGCGCCACAAUUACUGAGCCUGCGCUCUAGAGCCCACGAGCCACAACUGCUGAAGCCCGCGCGCCUAGAACCCAUGCUCCACAACAAGAGAAGCCACCGCGAUGAGAAGCCCGUGCACCGCGACAAAGAGUAGCCCCCACUCGCCGCAACUAGAGAAAGCCGGCACGCAGCGACGAAGACCCAACACAGCCAAAAAGAAAUAAAUUAAAAAAAAAAAAAAAAAAACCAAAAAAACAAACAGCAAGCAGCCACUAUGUGCCAGGUGUCAAACUAGUAACAAAGAGACAGGACACAGGCCCUGCCCCCAAGAAGUCUAGUAGGAGAGUCAUGUGAAUGGUGACAAUAAUGUCUUAAAUGUCAAGACAGAAGUACAAGAUGCAUCAAAGGCCUGAGGAAGGAACUGUCUGUUCUUCCUGUGGGACACAAGAGCAAGGGUCUGUGCAAGGAGCUGGCUGAGGCAAGGAGCCGUGUGCUGCAGAAAGCUGUGUUAAGACAGGUACUGGGAUUGGGCUUUCUUGGGCCCAAGUGCUUAGCAAGUUGCCAGGGGUGUGAAACCACCAAGCAGCAGCUGGGAGCAGGCCUGGCGGUUUCAGGCAAGCUGCCUAUGGACGAGCCGUGUGAUCUGGAGGAGUCUGACAAGUGGGUUCCAGCUCCCACUCCUUCACGUAUGGACUGGGUGGCCUGGAGCCCCACACUUUACCUCUCCGCGCUCCAUUUCCUCACGUCUAAAGCGACGAUUACGAGAUAUGAUGCUGGAAAUCGACUUCGGUUUCAAUUGGAGUUGGAAUUUGUGCAGUGUUUAGCCAACCCAAAUUACCUUAAUUGUAAUGAUUUUAGGAGAGAACUGUUGGCUGAUGACUGAGCUUUCACUAUUGUACUACACUUUCUGACAUGAUGGGAUCAGGCAGACCAGCCUCAACCUGUGUUCAUCUAGCAUCUAGUGUCCAACUGGAUGGGAGGAGUGACCCCAGGAAACUUCAGACCCAGAACCAGCUGCAGUUUAAUAGGAAUGUUCCUACACAUUCAAGCAACUUGGCAAUCCGAUAUUCUUGCCCACAUGGAAUUAGAAUUGAAAAACUGAAGCACUCAUACAAUGAGUCAUACCAUUGUAGAGAUUCAGGUUUUAGAGACGGUCCUGACCUAAGCAGUUCUGUUUCAUUUUCUGUCAUAUCAGAAGAGAGACUUAGCUAUGCCGUCCAUCUAGCCAAAAGAGAUGUAAAACGAAGACAACUUGAAGAACAUAUAAAAGAACACCAUCUCAGAAGUCAGCCCCAAAUCUUUCAGAAAUAUGGACACCCUAACCAUAAAAUAUCUGACCACAGAGUGGAAAGGAAGGAAUCAAAGAGUCGGGAAGUCUGUCAUGGCAGCCACCAGCCAUCGAAAGUAGAAAUUUCCAGCUCAGGUGCCAAGGUAUACCUGUACACAUCUCAUCCAGGACAGUCAGACCUCACCAUGCCAGAUUCGCCACCCACUCGUGAUCCAGGACUUCAGCCACACGCCAGGAUAGGUGACCACAAAAGCCUAUGCGGACGCAAAAGCCUGCUGGAAGUUCAGCGACUCCAGAAAGAAUUGAGCAGUUGUAUCCAUAAAAUUGAAGAAUUAACUAAAAAAGAUCGCACGGAAGAAGCUUUGGAUCCAGAUGAAGAGCGGAGAAUCCGUGUCAGGAGGCAGGAGCGGGCCGUCCGUUCUGCCCGAAUGCUCUACGUCCUCCAGCAGCAGGUUAAAGAAAUCCAGGAAGAAUUGGAUAAAUUGAGUCCACAUAAAAUUAAACACACUAAGAAGUCAUGGGCAGUGUCCAGGCUGGCAGCUGCCCAUCGAGGAGCCAUUCGGGCCUUACAGAUGUUUGUUACUCAGUUUACUGACUGGGUGGAGCACCCAGUUCCUACCUGGUGCAAGGAGCUGGGCAGCCUCAUCCGCCAGCUUUCACUCUGUUCUGCCAAGCUGGAGGCCAGCUCUUCCGUCCCUGAUGUGGUGCUGGAUAUCCUGCAACAAACUGAGGCUUUGGAAUCCCUCCUGGAAAAGACACUGUCACCAAAAAAGGCAAAGAAAUGUUUCAGUGAAAUUCGGGGCAGAUUUCCUAUUGGUAGCCAAAGGGCCUUAGAGAGAUGGCGAAGUACAUCACCAAAGAGUGAGAGGAGGCCCUUCGUAGCAAAGGAGAUAUUUCCGCAGGAAGCACGAGGACCUUCAGUGGCAAAGAAGCUUCUUGCUGAUAAGUAUCAACCUGAUAUAGAGCUUCCAAUGACCCAGAGGUUGGAAAACAAGCUUGAUGUAUUAGAUGCGGAUAUCCUUCCGGAAGAAGCUCCACCUAUUGUAGACCAAAAUGCGAACUUCAAAGAAGAGGCAUUAGCCCUGGCAAAAACAAGAGCAGGGAAAAAGAAGCUUGUGACUGAGAAUGUGCCACCCUUUAGGAAGAAAGGUACUCUGGCACCCGCAAGACUCGAGCAAGGACUCCACAAAGCUGAAAAAAGUAGACCACCCCAAUCUUACAGCAAAAGCAGGUUGCAACGGACAACAGUCUCCUCCAGGUUAAAAAUGAAGCAGCAGCCUGUGAUGGACCAUAGGGCUCCUUGGAUACCUCCAAACCCCACAUCCCCGCUGGCAUCUCCUAAAUGUGCUGCCUGGCUAAAGGUGAAAUCUAGCCCCAAAGAUGCCGCCAAAAACCAGUCUCUCCAGCAAGAGGAUGCUCAAGAGGAAAGUCCGUUGAGAGGCGCUGUUGAGCCUGAAGCAGUGAGACUCACUUGGCUUGAUGCCGAAACUUUCAAAAGAUUAAAGGAAUUAGAAGAAUUAAAAGCCGAAGCAAUGGACAAAAUGCAAAAACAGAGGCUCAGUUGCCUUGAUGCUGAAACUUCCAGAAGAACAAAGGAAUUGAAUGUAUUCAAAACUGAAGAAAUGGAUAGACUUCAAAAACUGAGUGUUUCUGCCACCCAGUUAGCCGAUAAGGUAGAGAAGGCAGUUCUGGAGCGUUUGAAGCCUCUCCUGGUCAAGGCCCAGAGAGUCAAUUCUUCUCUGGAAGCAGAUACUCAUUUGAAGGAUCGACUAUCGGUGAUCGCAUCAACAGCCCAGCCUGCCGAGGAGGCUACAGCUAUUGAUUGUGAACACGGUAGCAUUCAUCAGCUGGAUGAUUUUUUGGACGAUGCCGCUCACGAGCUCUGGGCUAUGACUCACUCUAAGAUCUCGGAGCCUGAGGCCUUAGCCACCUGGGGUGACAGCAAGGACAGCCCAUGUCUGGAGGCCAUGAUGCUCCGCAUGGAGGAAAUGGAAAAAUACCAGGAGAUGGUUCGCCAAAGAUAUAAUAAAAUUGUAUAUACUGAUCCUCAUCUUUGGAUUCAGGAAGAUAAAAAUGACCCAAAAAUCCCAGCAGUAAGUGAAAGGCGUCUUUCUCCUCAUCCAAUCAGGAUCACAAAGACAGCAGCUCGCAAAGACCCAGAUGUGAACAUCGUGUUAGAAAGGCCCUGCAAUGGCACUUCCCUAGAUGAAAGUGCGGGAACAGAGGAGAGACCGGAGAAAAGAGAGACUCCCCUUCUCCCCGUUUCAGAAGACGCCCUGCAGAAGGAAGGCCGAGCUGCCCUCUUUGUCCCGCGGGGCAUGCGGCACAGCAUCGGUGACUACUGCCGCCGCUUCGAGCAGUACCUCCGAGUUAUUGCACACGAGGCCGUGGGCGCCUUCAACCCGUGGCUGAUAGCUGAAAGCUUUGCAGAAGAGCUUGUAGAUGAAGCUCUGGGGGCCGUGGCUGCUGAACUUCAGGAUGUGUGUGAAGAUUAUGCAGAAGCUGUGUUCACCUCAGAAUUCUUGGAGGCGGCUACAUAAAGGCUCCCCAAGGCGGUGCCCCCAGUGUCACUGGUGAGGGGAUGGCACCACCCUUUCUACUAGCCACAGGAAGUCUUUGUCCUCAGCUGUCCAUCCAGGCCCAGAAGGUGCUUCCCACUGAAAGGAAGGAAGUGCCAGCGAGGCCAUCCCCACUUUGCAUCUUCUCAUUGUCAGAGCGAUGGUUCUGGUAGUUUCUGAUGGAAUGUGUUAUAUUUAUCAGUGCCCAGGAAACGUGAAUCAAUUAUGACAGUAUAAUGUUCUCUGAAUGUAUAAUUUUCCCAUUGAAAUGCCAUGUUCAUUACACUGGCUCAGUUUGGUGAUCAGAGCAUUUUGAGAGAUAACAGAUACGUCUGUUUCACACAGGGUUUCAAGUUGCUGUUGAUCUGUGGGUGGCCUUGAUGCCAGCACAAGUGCAAUGACUCUCUGGUCCCAUCACCUGGCUCGUGUUUGCUUCUUUGACAGUUUCCUACCAGGACACCUGUCCUGCCGGGUUACGGACUCGUGUCGAGCACAGGACUUAGUUGUGCUGCCAAAACUCUGCUCCGUCAUUAAAAUGGGAAGCCAGCAUUUAUCUGUGUACGACAGUAAACACACGUUUCUCUAAUUCUCAUUUGCUAGGUGCUUCUUCACAUUUUGAGGUCCUCAAGU